GGCCAGGCGGCGUCACGCACGCAAGCGGACAAGAGCCCGCGUGCUUAUAAGCAGGCCCUCCCCUCCCGUCCCCAAAAAUUCCAGUCCUCCAUUUCUCCUAGCUCUAGCUAAGCUUCUCCCUCUCUUCCUCCACGAGGGCGCGCGAGCUUUAGUUUAGCCAUUACUCCCUCACCAGCUCGUAGUUAAUUAGCGGAAGCUUAACUUGGGAGGUUAAUCAGCAGUCGAGGCUGGCAGCAGCUAGGGUUUUAUAGGGGGGCGAUCGCCUCGCUCGCUCGCGCGCGCGCUCGGUCGAGCAGGUGCCAAUGAUCAUGGCGAACCCGGCGAUGCUGCCGCCCGGCUUCCGGUUCCACCCGACGGACGAGGAGCUGAUCCUCCACUACCUCCGCAACCGCGCCGCCAACGCGGGGUGCCCCGUCGACAUCAUCGCCGACGUCGACAUCUACAAGUUCGAUCCAUGGGACCUGCCAUCCCGGGCGGCGUACGGGGACAAGGAGUGGUACUUCUUCAGCCCGCGCGACCGCAAGUACCCGAACGGAAUCCGGCCGAACCGCGCGGCGGGCUCGGGCUACUGGAAGGCCACCGGCACGGACAAGCCCAUCCACAGCAGCGCCACCGGCGAGAGCGUCGGCGUCAAGAAGGCGCUCGUCUUCUACAAGGGCCGCCCGCCCAAGGGCACCAAGACCAACUGGAUCAUGCACGAGUACCGCCUCGCCGCCGACGCCCACGCCGCCCACACCUACCGCCCCAUGAAGUUCCGCAACACCUCCAUGAGGCUGGAUGACUGGGUGCUGUGCCGGAUCUACAAGAAGACCAGCCACGCGUCGCCGAUGGCGGUGCCGCCGCUCUCCGACCACGAGCAGGACGAGCCGUGCGGCUUCGACGAGAACCGCCCCUACGCCGUGCCGAGCGCCGCCAUGCUCGUGCAGCAGGUGGCGUACCCGGCGCUGCACGCCGCGUCGUCGUCCGGCGCGCAGAGGAUGCCCAGGGUCCCGUCCCUCACCGAGCUCUUCAACGAUCCCUCGCUGGCGCACUUCUUCGAGGACGGCGGCGUCCCGGACAUGGCGCGGCUCGACCAGCACCACCACCACCAGUACGGCGGCGCCACUCUCCUCGGCCACCCCGUCACGAGCCAGCUGCUGGCCAACAAUGGCAACAUCAUGCCCGGGCAGAUGGAUUCGUCUGCCUCGACGUCGGCCGCGGGCGACGGCACCGCCGCUGGCAAGCGCAGGAGGUCAUCAGAGACUAGUACGAGUGCCGGCGCGGCAUCCGCGGCCAAGAAACCGAACGGCUCCUGCUUCGGUGCAACGUUCCAAAUCGGCAACGGGCUGCAGGGGUCCCUGGGCCACCACAUGCUGCUCCAUUCUAACAUGGGGAUGAACUGACAGAUUGGUCUCCACGGAAAGCUAUUAUUCUUGAGCACUAGAUUGUGAUUUGAACAUUGGGCCCUAUGGAACCAAAUAUAGGGCGAAGAUAUAUAAAGCAAUGGUUAAUAUACAGGUAAAGGGAUUGUACUUGUAGGGUCCAGCAGUAGUACUGUGGACUAGGGACACCGUACGUAGUUGAUUGGGUGUGUGGUGUGUAAACAUUUUGUUCUUUCUUCUGUACAUAGUAUACUGGUACUAUGUACUCAAGCUUAGUACUGCUUCUAGAAAGCUAGCUAGCUAGGGCUUGAUAAGGCCUUGAGACCGACGCACUGGAAGUCAAGAACAGGAGAAAAAUGUUGGUAUCCAACCGGCUUUAUUUGCUCAUAUACCUAUGUGUAAAACAUUUGAUCAAAACGCAAUCCUUCCAUGGGAUCCAUCAUUUAA